AAAUAAUAGAUCGAAGUUUACAUAAACACUGUUAAUAGAUCGUCCUACAAAUAACAAUUGGAUUACAUCUAAGGAAUAGCAUGACAAAAUAAAUAAACAAACAAACAAAUGAACAAUUGGGUAUCUAAUUAAAGAUAAAUGGAGAACUAAUGUAUUGAUGCUGAAAUCUGAUAGAUGUAUAGAUUACCAUAACACUUCAGAGAUUAUACCAGUACUCAUCAUGAUUCGAUCAAUAUUUCCGCCAUACAGAUAUUCUAAAUAAAAAGUACUGCUACCUGUUUGCAUAUAACUUGAGUAAAUAGCCAUAGUUUAGUGCCUGUGACACUAUAUCUUUGGAAAAAGUUUGAGGCGAAUAUUUUGGAUAUAUAAGAAAACAGUCCCAGUUACAAUUUUUGAAGAUGGGAAAGUUACGCCUAUUUGACAUCAUCUUGGACAAGCCGCAGACAGUUUACCAAGCGGGUGAACUUAUAACAGGACGUGUGGUUUUGGAACUAGAUGAGCCAAUGAAAAUGAGAGGUCUGCGAGUAUUAUUUCAUGGUGCAGCUAAUGUUCAUUGGACAGAAUCACAUAGUACCGGAUCGGGAAAGAAUCGACGUACAACAACAGUACAUUACAAUGCCCAUGAGAGCUACUUCGAACACAUCAUAGUAUUAUAUGGGAAAGCCCCUGGAGAAAGUGGCGAUAAUCCCAGUCAUCCCCAGGGUCAGUUCACCUACCAGUUCCAGUUUCUUCUCCCCCCAGGAUUACCCUCCUCGUUUGAAGGUGCGUGGGGUCAAGUACGAUAUUGGGUCAAAGGAACAAUUGAUCGCCCUUGGAGAUUUGACCAUAAUUGUAAACGACCUUUCACGGUAUUGAGCCAUUUGGAUUUGAAUACUUACCAACCUAAUCCAUCGCAAGGGUUGGAAGGGAAAAAUGAAAAGACAUUAUGUUGCUGGUGUUGCGCUAGUGGCCCUAUCUCCGCAACAUUUAGAAUCGCAAAACAAGGUUACGUCCCUGGAGAGCCAAUAUACAUUAAUGCAGAAAUAGAAAAUAAUGCUUCUAGAAAAAUGAAAGCUUCACGAGUAGAAUUCAAACAGAUAAUAGCCUUCCAUGCAACUCGUAAGACACGGCAUUCAACAAACACCAUCCAGACUUUACAAAAAGGAGAAAUUGACGCAGGAGGGACUGAAUCCUGGGAAAAUGUCCAGCUUGUUGUGCCUCCGCUUCCACCGUCCCAUCUUGUUGGCUGUAGAAUCAUUGACAUUAGAUAUAUUCUAAAUUUUGUAGUUGACCCCUCUGGACCAGCAUUUGAUCUUGAAGUGCCUUUAGAAGUAAUAAUAGGGACAAUACCUCUACAACAAAUGUGGUCAAACUUCUCCACCAAUAUGAACUACAAUACGGCAUAUGGAAUGGGUACUGAGCCAACACCCAUGGUUGCUAUGCCAACAGCACCCCCUCAAGGCCCCCCUCCUACCAACCCUUCAGCCCCAGGAGCACCUCCGCCCACUUAUGCUGAGUGUGUAUUUGGAAAGUCCAGGAUUGCAGACGAUCAGGAUAAUCAGUACACUAGAGGAGAGCUGGAUUACGCACCAAUAUAUACAUACUACAAUUUCAACCAAGGCGCGGACCAGGGACAAGGCCAGCAGCCACCUCAAGCUUGGACUUCAUAGAACACAAUUUGUGAAUGAUUAGGCACAAAUUUAUUUUUGGUCAUUUUUGGGAUAUUAGCAGCUGUAUAACAUGAACCAGAGAUUGUAACAUGGACCUAUAGAACAUUUAACUCUAAGGUCUCAUAGGAAGUUACACUCUUAAGAGAAAGAAUUAAAAGUGUAACUCAGUCAGACUAUUUUUUUUAGUCUAGUAAUGGAGUAAAGUGGACUGCAAAUAAUAGAGUGUAAUGUGGACUUCAUAGAAUAAUUGACCAAGUAUUAUGGGAACCAAAAGAAUAAAGAUUGUAUCUUGGACUUCAGACUUGUCUCACAGGGGGACAUUCUAAAGUUGACUGCAAAUAAUAAAGUGUACAUGGAUUUGUGAACCUUUGGUGUUUAGGAAGUCAAUUUGACUCAUAAAUGUCCCAUCACUUAAACAAAGACAACAGAUGCAAUUAAUUCUGCUUCUCCUUGGAUUUUAAGAGAUAUACAAAUGUAGUACUCAUAAACAGAUAUAUACAAUACAAUUAAUAAUAUAGUGUUAAAAGAAUCUAGAUAGAGUUUAUGGAUGACGAUUAUGUUAACAAUAUAUAUUAUUAUCUAUAUUAAGGGUGCAGCAGGGACCUUCUCAAGCACAAACUUCACAGUGUGAUUUUGAUACUGUCCCUAUUUCUGAACAUAUGUAUUUUAUAUGAGAAAUUUAUUUUAUUUGUAUAUAGCCUUUUCUUAUUCAGAUCUUCACAUCUGCGGACAUCGUUAUUUUCAUGUAAAGCAAAUGUUUAUGAAUAUUUACAUGUAUAAUUUGUACUGUAUAUUGUUUUAAUUUGGAGAAUUUGUAAUUUUGCCGAUAUUUAAGAAAUGAAUAUAGCAAAAUGGUGAACUAGUCAUUGACUAAAUUUCAAAUCGGUGAAUUUUAACAGAUUUGAGGAACUUCCAAAUUAAAGUAGCCUUCAUAUCACAGUAAUGUGAAGAAUUAUCUUUUCAAAACCUCACAUUUUGAAGUAACAUUUGAGUAAAGUUAUAGAUGCUACUAGUUUAUCAUAUGUUAUUAUGUCACCAUUAAAAAGUUUUUUUGUGGCUAGGUGGUGA